AUGGAUGCUACAAGGAAGAAACCAUUUAGUUCAAAGCAAAAAAAAGAACAAUUAAAAUUAAAACGAGAAAAAAUUCGAGCACGAGGUGAUAAAUGGGCAGAUUCAGACGAUGAAGCGGCAGUUGUUGAUACGAAUAAUCCACAUAAUUCUCGUCGUCGAAUAAAUGAACAACCUGUUCGAGAUACUGGAGCACAUAAUCCAAAUCGAUAUCGUCUUCAUUUUCAACGUGAAUCUCGCGAUGAAAUUGAUCGACGAAAAAAACUUGCUCAAGUGCCAAUUGUCAAACUACCUGAUCAAUCAUUAGAAAUUCCUAUUGAACAAAUUUAUCGACCGGGUAGUGCACUUGAUAUGCCUAUACGACCAGUAUGGACAUAUGAUAUGACUAAAGAACAAUUAGAACAGCAAGAACAGACAUAUUUCAAUGGUUAUUUGGAUAAAAUUUUCGCAAAUUUUGAAGCUGAACAUUUAAGUUAUUUUGAAAUGAAUCUUGAAACAUGGAGACAAUUAUGGCGAACAGUAGAAAUUUGUGAUAUUAUACUUAUGAUUGUUGAUAUACGUUUUGCUACUCUUCAUUUUUCUCCAGCACUUUAUGAUUAUGUUACACGUGUCCAUAAUAAACAAUUAAUUAUUAUUUUAAACAAAAUUGAUCUUGCACCACCAUCGAUUGUUAUUGCUGUAAAAGAUUAUUUUUCGAAAAAAUUUCCUCAAUUACAUAUUCUUACUUAUACAUCAUAUCCAAAAGAUUUAGCAACAACACGUGAUGAUUUUGAUAAUUAUCAAGUAAUGGCACGUAUCGUACGUCGAAAAAAUUAUUAUGCUAUCGGUCCAUUAGCAUUAUUCGAAUGUGUAUCAUCAAUUGUUGGUUCAAAAAUUGAUUUAUCAUCAUGGAAAAAACAUAUACAAGAAUGUAUGAAUGAUGAAUCAAUUGCAAAUGAUCUUAAAUAUGAACAAAUUGAUGUAUCACCAUUAACAAAUACAACUAAAACAUCUGGUCAUGUAACAUUAGGUUUUACAGGUUAUCCAAAUGUUGGUAAAUCAUCAAUAUUAAAUAGUAUUGUUGGUCAUAAAGUUGUUAGUGUAUCACGUACACCAGGACAUACAAAACAUUUUCAAACAAUACAUCUAACACCAACUGUACGUUUAUGUGAUUGUCCAGGUUUAGUUUUUCCUUCAUAUGUUGAAAGACCAUUACAAAUUUUAGCAGGAAUUUAUCCAAUUGCACAAGUUCAAGAACCUUAUACAGCUGUUGGAUAUCUUGCUCAAUGGUUACCAAUGACAAAACUUCUUAAAUUAGAGAAACUUGAAGCAGAAACACCGAAAUAUAGUGCACUGGAUAUUUGUGAAGCUUGGGCAAUGAAACGUGGAUUUUUAACAGCAAAAGCAGCUCGUCCUGACGUUUAUCGAGCUGCUAAUCAUAUUCUUCGUUUAGCACUCGAUGGUCGAAUUAAUUUAUGUCUUCGACCACCAGGUUUUACUGAUGAAAAAGAAAAAUAUUUAUCGGAUCCUCGAGCUAUUGAACUUGAACAACAAAUUCAAUUAGCUAUUGAUAAACAAAAACGUCCUGAUAGUGAUGUAUCUGGUGGUGAAGAUAGUGAAGCAUUUCCAACAAGUGAUGAUCAUCAAUUAGCAUCAUGUAGUGCAUCAGCAAGUGAUGUCGGAUAUGAUAGAGUUGAAGGUACAAAUCGAUUCGAUGCAUUAGAUCGUGAUAGUGAUGAAAAAGAACAAUAUAAACCGGUGAAAAAUAUUCAUAGAGAAACAAGACGAAAAUCAAGCAAUAACCAUCAACAUGAUAAAGAAGAAGUUGAUUAA